GUUAUUUCGUCAUCUUUUGGCUUCUCCAUUCUAAAAUUCUUCAUGGAGUUCGGUUCAAGUGACAUUCCCUUUAGUGCCUCUAAUCAAUUUCUCAACCGUUAGAUGUUAAUACAGUGCAAGUUUCUCCGGGAUCCACCAUGUACUGGACACCUGAUUGUGACCCUGCUUUGAAAUCGCGUGUUGGUAUGUUAUUCAAUAACUUACGGGAUGAUAUGUUUUUUUAUGAUCAAAUUGCACCAGUUUGUGGUUUUGAUUCACGUAAAAGCAGUCAACAGAAGGCUCGUGAUGACGUUAUUGUUUGGAAAUAUAUGGUGUGUAAUAGACAGGGAUUCAAAAAUGUAUCUAAAUCUACCACAGUUGCACCUAACACUGAUUCAUGCAACAAUGUCGAUUUAGCUAAUCAAUUGACUAGUGACAAUGAAGAUUUCACUAUUGAAAAUGAAUCAUGCGAAUCUGACGGAUGUGAAACUGAAGAGCAGCAUGAUGUUGAAGGUUUACCAAAUCCCGGUGUUUGUGUUAAUGAUGAGGAGAAAAAAAGACGAAGGGUUUCUAAUAGGUGUGGUUGCAGAGCACAUGCAGUUUUUAGGCUUGCAGACAUGAACCGAUAAGAAAUUACACUUUGAGGAGAGGCAUAACCAUUGUAUGUUUUCUGAUUUGUCGAUGCCAUU